AUGGGUGACGUUUAUUUUGAUUUAAAAAGGAAACUAGAAGAUCUAGGCUAUACAAAUACAUUGUCAUUGGAUUCGGUACCUUUAGUUCAAUGUAUUGUUGCUGAUUUACUACAAACAACCCGUAGCUUACAGCAUUAUAUGGAUUUAUCCAAAGAGGCCCUAAUGCAACGAGAUGCUCUUAUGAUGGAAGCCGAACCCUAUAAAUGUGAUAAUAUUAAAUUAAUACAGGAAAACAAUCAAUUACAUAAAGAAAUUAUGCUCGUUAAAGAGGAACAUUUAAAAAUAACAAAAGAAAGCCGACGUAAAAUAAAAAAUCUCACUGAUGAAUUAUCGAAAAAGGAAUCAUUGAUUAGUAAAUUACAACAUGACAUAAGAGACCUCAGUUUAAGAGGGUUAUGUGCGGAAACACAGAGCAGCCGUAAUAAGAGCAGAAGAAAAGAUGGAGGUGAUUAUUUAACAUCCAAAGUUUGUAUAUGUCAUGAUACAAACACUCAAGAUAAAGAUGCCAUGGAAAAGAAUAGAACCAUUCAGUCACUGGAGGAAAAGAUAGCUGAGUAUAGUGAUGAAAUAACUCUUCUUCAAAACCAAGUUGAACAGAGAGAUAAUGAAAUAAUUAGACUAAAUAUUCUGUUAGAUGGCGGCAGACCUGUUACAGCUGUGAGCAAAGACUUCUACAAUGAUCAACCUAACAUUAAAAUACAAAAUCUUACAAAACAAGUGAAAGAAUUGGAGAGAGCCAAUGAAUCACUCAAAAAAGAAGUAGCUAAUAGUCUUGAGAAACAGCAUGAAGCUAUGCUGCGUGCUCUGUCUCUGGCAGAUAAGAAUAAAAAGCUUCAAGAGGAAGUACAGCAAGUUGAUAAAUUAGCAUUAAAACUUGAAGAUGACUGCAAUAAAAGGUUAGCAUCCAUGAUGAAUGAGAUGAACUUCUUGCAAACAAGAUUAGAUGGUUUGAGUAUGAAAAAUUCAGAAUUAGAAAAGGAAGCGUCACAGAGAUAUUCAAGAGAUAGUUCUACAAAUACCCAAAAACUCCAAGAGAACUUAGCAGCUGCUUUGAUGGAGAAAGAGGUUCUACAUAAAGAAAUCAAAGAUUUAGUAGAUCUCAAUAAGAGUUUACAGGAAAAAAUUAUGUCCCUAACAGAAGUCAAUAGAAACUUUAACAGCAAAGUAACACCAGAAAUUGUUAAGGACACUCCACAUUUAGCAAAGGAAGAAUUAAAAGAAUUAUUACAAGAAGAAAGAAGGAAAUAUGAAACAUACAUAGUAAGUCUUGAAGAAAAAUUAUCUGAAACAAUAAACCUUUUCAACAAACAUGCCUCUAAAGAAAAGGAUUUAAUUCCAGCAUCAUCAAACUUGUCUUGCGAUAACAGCUUCAUAAGAGAUCUACAUAAUAAAUUGUGUAAGAGUGAGCAACAGAUUCUAAUGUUGAAGAAGGAGAAUGACGAACUGCAGACAAAAAUAUAUAGCACAGAAGAGGGAAGCAAACAUAAUUAUAAAGACAUAAUAAAACAACUGAAUGAUGAAAAUACAGAACUAUCAAAAGAAAAUAUAUCUCUCAGUCGACAAGUCAGUCAAUACAAAUCUCUGAAUACUAAUGAUAGAGGUGAUUACUGUAGGAAAGAUUUACAAAAGCUGAAUGAAAAAAUUGAUGACAUGUCAAGAGAAAUCCAGAUAUUAAAGAAAGAUAAACAGGAAUACCACAUGCGGUACAAGGAAGCCAUGGAGUUAGCUGAUAAGUUAAAAAGGGAUUUAGCAUAUAAGGUCAAAGAAAUGGAACAUUUACAAGAAGAAAAUUGUUCAUACAAAAUGAGCCACAGGACCGGACAAGCAUCUGCGGACCGUUUAAAAGAGGAAUGUAAUUAUUUAAGAGAGCAAAUGAAGAAGAUGCAAUCUGAUUACAUCAAAGAGAAGACAUUAGCAAACCAAAUUAAAAAUAUACAAUUUGAAACAGAAAGAAGCAGUGCUGAGGCACAUAAUGAAUUAUUGUCGCUACAAAAGAAACUUAGCCUAAUGAAAGAUAGUAAUGAAAGUUUGGAAAAUAAAUGCAAAGAUUUACAGUCUGAAAUAAUUAAACUGAGAAAUGACAAUAUUAAUUUAUUAGAUAAUAUAAAAUUAAUAGAUAAAGAAAGGGAUAAACUAGUGAUUGAAUUGGAUCAAAAGACUGAAAAUAUAAGUGUUCUAGAACAAAAACUUAAAUCACAGUCAUAUGAGUUAAGUAAGCUUGAAAAUGAAUUGAGUGAUACAAAGAGAAAACUUAAUAUGAAUAAAAUAAGUGAACACAAAGUAGUGGAUUAUGAAUCACAAAUAACAUUCCUUAAUGGUGAAAUAUUAAGGCUAACACAACAGUUUGAUACAGCAGUGAUAGAAAAUAAACAUUUACAAAAUAGUUUAGCUGAUGCUAAUGGACAUUUGAAAAUAACCAGAAUUGAACUAGAAAAAUCUAAGAAGGACGUUGACGGCCUGAAACAGCAAUUACAACAUUAUGUAGCAGAAAUUAGGAGAAUCGAAGAGCUUUUAUCUCAAAAGGAAGCUGAAAGAUCAGAUAUGUUAGAACACUUUGCUAGUUUAUCUGUCGAAGCUAACAUUUUAGAAAACACAAACCACUCGUUAGAGAGUGAAUCCGCUUCUAAGUCAAUGCAACUUCAGUCAUAUGUAAGUAAAAUUCAAAAUUUGGAAGAAAAACUUGUGGAUAAAGAACACGUCAUUGACAGUCAGUCAGCUAGAAUAGCGGCUAUGACUUGCAAGAUUAGUUCAUUAGAAAAUGAAAUAAAACUAAUGACAGAAGAGAAAAAUAUAUUGGAACAGAAUGUUAGCUGUCUGAAACAAAUGUGCAAUAAUCUACAAACCAACAAGAUACCUAAAAGUGAUGAUAAUUCAGAAGUUAAAUUAUAUGAAAAUAGAAUACGAAAUCUGACUAGUGUUAAGACUCAGUUGGAAUCGGAGAAAGAGGAUUUAAAGGAGAAGUUACGAACAACCGAACGCUUACUCUCAAACACGAGAAGGGAAUGCAUAGAGUUGAAAUUAGCUCUACAAGAUGCUACGUCGGAAACAAAAUCUCUCCAAGAACGUGUCAGCAGACUUAGAACAACAGAUGAUGAACAGAAUGCAUUAGCAACUGCCGAGUUGAACCUCAACCUGCCAUUAAUUUUAGACGAGACGAUUCAUGAGCUUAGCCAUGAAGACGAAGAUAGUGAUAGAUGUAAUGCAAAUUUAAAUAGAAGUUUGACAAAGUAUACUCACAGCAGCACUUUAUAG